AUGUCCGCAACGAUCGUGCUAGACAGUCGCCAUACCCAUUACACAAAUCUGGACUUCUUGACCGGCAAAGUCGUGCUACAGCUACCGACCGAGGCAGCUAUUGGUGGAAUACAAGUCAAAUUGGAAUGUGAGAGUCGCACUCGCCUAUCCGGCCCCAGGAACCCUCAGAAUGUGCACUCGGACAAAAAGAGGACGGAGCUGGAGGUCCAUAAGAUCUUGUACAAAGUGGCCACAGUCUUUCCUACGCCAGCUGUGAUGCAGCAUGGCUCUCCAACGACUUCAUAUACCUUUGCUGCAGGGUCAUAUGAGUAUCCCUUCCAGUUCAAGUUUCCUUUUAAUAAUUCAUGUAGCAGCCACAACAGCAUGCUCACCAAUCUAAAUUUCAACGGGUUGAAAGUCGAGGUGGCUAAAGAUACCAACCGGCAUGUCAGGAAAACGUUGCCCCCUUCGCUGAGUGGAUUCCCCGGUGAAGCAGAUAUCAAGUACUUUGUCAAGGCCACAAUCAUUCGGCCACAAUUCUACAAGGAGAAUAUUCGAGCGGUUGUUCCACUAAACUUUCUCCCCAUUGAACCGCCGCGGACUGGGAAUCCCAACGAGGAAACCUAUGCGAGGCGCCAACAUCAGUUCUCCAAAGUCCAAAGCGGGACCAAGAAGAAGAGCAUCUUCUCAAGGGGCCCAUCUGCCCUCAAGGAAAUUUAUGCCGAACCUCCCCGUGUCUCCCUUGAUGCUCGACUCCCGCAUCCAUCUAUCCUCACUUGCAAUGAAUCAGUCCCACUCCGUCUUCUGGCUAGAAAGCUUACUGACGGGUCAGACAUAAUCUUCCUCCAGAUGUUGCAGAUUGAGCUCAUUUCCUAUACCAAGAUUUUGGCUCAUGGUCUUAAAAGGACCGAGACUAAUUCUUGGGUCCUGAUGAGUCGCAGCAAUAUGAACACACCUCUAGGCAAGCCAGACGAUGCAGUCGGGACUGAUUGGACCAUUGACUCGAACCUAUGGAAUCGUAUCACAUUACCUAACUCGGUUGCGCCAUCAUUUGAGACAUGUAACAUUGAAAGGAGCUACGAAUUGGAGGUUCGAGUUGGCUUGACCCAUGGAAAUGCUUAUGAGAUGAAGCCUCAACUCAUCGUUCUUCCUUUGCGCAUGCCCGUCCGGGUUUUCUCCGGAAUCGCUCCGCCCCAAGCUCUCCUAGAUGCAAUGGCGGCAGCAUCUCUCCAACCAUCAUCCUCCAAAGAAAAACCUCAUCCUAGUCUGCCAGUAGAAUCCGGGGACAGCCGACCACUCAUGCCUCCACGACCAACAGGCGAGCCCGUACCCGUCAACUCAGGCGAUGCGUACGACGAUGCACCGCCAAGCUAUGAGGAUGCCAUGGCCGACCAACUGAGCCCAGUAGAUGGGCCACGCCGCGAGUAUCACCCACCCGAUGCCUCCUCUUCUUCCCGGACAUCAGUGGAAUCAGGAGCUGAUGUCAAGCCCGCAGCUCCAAUGGGUAAGAAUCAAGAGGAUAGACCCGCAGCAGAAGGAUUCUCAGCGCCCCGUCGUCGAGAACAUCGCUCCUCCUCGGAAUCCUUUGAUAUGCUACCCACCACCCCGCCGGAAUCCCCGUCUGGAUCACCCCCCGCGUCGCCUGUGAGACGUUCACAGAGCAUGAUGAAGGUUCCCCGGAACACCGUUGAUGAAGAGAGCCCGCCGCAGUAUGAACCUGUCGCUGGGAACCAGCUUAAUGCGCCUCAGGCUGUGGAACGCCGUCCUUCGCGGAAUAACCUCCGUCCUAUGAACUUGGGUGUUCCCAGUCGGAAACCCGUACCCCGAAGCUCGAGCAGCGGUGCCACCUAG